GUGGAAGGAGACACUGAAAGUGAUCCACGACAGUGACGUGACACACGCGUGGACCUGUACAACUCUUUACUUUGACCUGAUAAAAACAUUGUUUUCUGCUGCGACCGAGGACUUUGUCGUAAAAAGGGAAACAUUAUUUUGUGGCUGUGAUAUUCCACAGUUUUCUUCUGCUGUGUUCUGCUGAAAUUACAGAUCCAGGAGUUUUUUUCUUUUUUCAUAAUAACUUAGUGAGAACACAGUGACCAUGGCAGAGACAUCGGCGGCUCCAGCCAAAACCAAGAAGGCGGCCAAGCCCAAGAAACCCACGUCUCACCCCAAAUAUUCGGACAUGAUCCGGGCAGCCAUCGUCAACGACGCCAGCCGGAGCGGAGCGUCCCGUCAGUCCAUCCAGAAGUACGUGAGGUCCAACUACAAGGUGGGCGAAAACGCAGACGUGCAGAUUAAAAUGGCCCUGAAGAGACUGGUGGCCAACGGGACCCUGCGCCACACCAAAGGCACCGGUGCGUCCGGGUCCUUCAGGCUCUCCAAACCCGACGACACCAAGAAGCCCAGCAAGCCGGCCGCCAAACCCAAGAAGCCCGUUGCCAAACCCGCGGCCAAACCCAAACGGGUGGCCAAGCCCAAGAAGGUGUCCAAGACGCCCGAGAAGCCCAAGAAGAAGGUGACGGCGAAGAAGACAGUGAAAAAGGUGGCGAAGAAGGCGACGCCGGCCAAAGCCAAAAAGGCACCGGCCAAAAAAACCAAGGCUGCAAAACCCAAGGCAAAGGCAGCCAAGAAGGUGACCAAGGCCAAGACCAAGAGCCCGAAGAAGGCUGCAAAAUCAGGCAAAAAGAAGUGAAGGACAAUAAGUGAAGGAGGAGGCGCAGUGUUUGUAAAUAGUUUCGGGAAAUGUUUUUGUUUAUUAUUAUUAUUUCACAUAUGUAUUAUUUUUGUAAGGUCCCAAUCAAAUUUUCAGCUGUUUUUCUAGUUGUUCAUUUUCCUCUCCAUUGCACUAAAGAUGCUGUAAAAACAUUGUGAGCAUUUUUAAUUAUUUGGCUUUAAUAGUUACCAUAACAACGAUAUUAUGGUCUUGUAACAAAUGUAAAUAUGGUUGAGACAAUAGGAAUAACUGUUAUGUUAGUGUUUAACAGGCUCCCAGUGAAAAAUCCAGAUGUUUGAAUGAUGAGCUUUUACAAUGUACAGACUGAAGACAGUGGACGUCAGCAACAUUCUCCCAAAACCUCUUUUGUUGUUGUUGUUGUUCUAAGCUCCAUCCAGCUCCUGGACUUUUCCAAUGUUCUAACACUCAAACGUAUCCAGUUCCUGUUUAUACUGCAGCUCAAUAAAACCUUUGUCAUCUUUUA